GCCUUGGCCGUCUGACUGUUUGCUUGUUAUUUUGUGCAACAAAAUGGCUGUCGUUCCUGAGAACAGAGUCCUCUCCUUCAGCGUUUUUAAAUGGAGUUCUUACUCUUCCACGUAUUUGCCAGAAAACAUCUUGGUAGACAAACCCAAUGACCAGUCUUCCAGAUGGUCGUCGGAGAGCAACUACCCGCCACAAUAUUUGAUUCUAAAAAUGGAGAGGCCAGCGAUAGUCCAGAGCAUCACAUUUGGAAAGUAUGAGAAGACUCACGUCUGCAACCUGAAGAAGUUCAAGGUGUUUGGUGGCAUGAGUGAAGAGAACAUGACGGAGCUCCUAUCCAGCGGCCUUAAGAAUGACUACAACAAGGAGACGUUCACCUUGAAGCACAAGAUUGAUGAGCAGAUGUUUCCUUGCAGAUUUGUCAAAAUAGUGCCUCUGAUGUCCUGGGGCCCCAGCUUCAAUUUCAGUAUCUGGUACAUAGAGCUGCAUGGCAUCGAGGACCCGGAGAUGGUGCAGCCCUGCCUUAACUGGUACAGCAAGUACAGAGAACAGGAGGCCAUCCGCCUGUGCCUGAAGCACUUCCGGCAGCACAAUUACACGGAGGCCUUUGAGUCGCUGCAGAAGAAGACCCGCAUUGCUCUGGAGCACCCCAUGCUCACGCACCUGCACGACCGCCUAGUCCUCCAGGGGGACUUUGAUGCCUGCGAGGAGCUCAUUGACAAAGCUGUGACAGAUGGUUUGUUUAACCAGUACAUCAGCCAGCAGGAGUACAAGCCUAGAUGGAGCCAGAUCAUCCCCAAAUGUAACAAAGGUAUAAGCACCAACCAAGAAACCAGCCAAGACGACAUGAACAGUGACGGGGAUGAUAACAGGCCAGGGAUGAGGGGGGGGCAUCAGAUGGUCAUCGAUGUUCAGACAGAGACGGUGUACCUGUUCGGGGGCUGGGAUGGCACACAGGACCUUGCUGACUUCUGGGCCUACAGCGUCCAGGAGAACCAGUGGGCAUGCAUCUCCAGAGACACAGAGAAAGAGAGCGGCCCGAGCGCUCGCUCCUGCCACAAGAUGUGCAUCGACUCCCAGCGUAGGCAGAUCUACACGCUGGGCCGCUACCUGGACUCUAGCGUGCGGAACAGCAAGUCCCUGAAGAGCGACUUUUACCGCUACGACAUUGACGCCAACACCUGGACACUCCUCAGCGAGGACACGUCAGCCGACGGAGGGCCCAAACUUGUUUUUGACCACCAGAUGUGCAUGGACUCGGAGAAGCACAUGAUCUACACGUUUGGUGGUCGCAUCCUGACAUGCAAUGGCACCGUGGAGGACAGCCGCACGUCGGAGCCCCAGUUCAGUGGAUUGUACGCCUUCCACUGCCAGGUGGCCUCCUGGAGCCUGCUCAGGGAGGACUCAUGCAACGCCGGCCCCGAAGACGUCCAAUCCCGCAUUGGCCACUGCAUGCUCUUCCACACCAGAAACCGUUGCCUGUAUGUGUUUGGGGGUCAAAGGUCUAAGACGUACCUGAACGACUUCUUCAGCUACGACGUGGAUGGAGACCAUGUGGAGAUAAUUUCGGAUGGAACCAAAAAGGACUCAGGCAUGGUGCUGAUGACAGGCUUCACCCAGCGGGCCACCAUCGACCCGGAACUGAACGAGAUCCACGUGCUCUCCGGCCUCAGCAAGGACAAAGACAAACGAGAGGAGAACGUCCGGAACUCUUUCUGGAUCUACGACAUUGCCCGCAACAACUGGUCGUGUGUGUAUAAGAACGACCAGGCUGUGAAGGAGAACCCCAUCAAGGCACUACAGGAGGAGGAGCCUUGUCCACGCUUUGCACACCAGCUGGUCUAUGAUGAGAUGCACAAGGUGCACUACCUGUUUGGCGGGAACCCAGGCAAGUCCUGCUCUCCAAAGAUGCGCCUCGACGACUUCUGGUCCCUCAAGCUGUGUCGUCCUUCCAAGGAGUAUCUGCUCCGCCAUUGUCGAUACCUGAUCAGGAAGUACAGGUUCGAGGAGAAGGCCCAGUCGGAGCCCUUGAACGCUCUGAAGUACCUGCAGAACGACCUCUCUCUGACCGUGGACCACACUGACCCCGAUGAGACCAAAGAGUUCCAGCUCUUGCCCUCUGCACUGUUCAAGUCCAGCUCAGACUUCAUUCCGUUGGGUUUCUCAGACGUUGACCAGACGUAUGCCCAGCGCACCCAGCUCUUCGACACGCUCGUCAACUUCUUCCCAGACAGCAUGACCCCUCCCAAGGGCAACCUGGUCGACCUCAUCACCCUGUAGCCCCAACUCCCUCCGUCCUCACCCCACCUCCACAAGGGACUCUCACUUUGUUGGUGCAGUAAUACAAAAUGUGUAAUUAUCAUUAAAAAAAUAUAUAAUUAUAUACGUACAUUUUCAUCAAGCUCUCCCAGUGGAGGAGGUGAUUGGGCUUUGCUCGAUGCGACCACACCUCUUUCUCUGUUGAACAGCGGUUUGUUCAUCAGCGGUACUAACCACACAUAAAGGGUUGAUGUUCACUCACCGAAGAGCUGGGGGGGGGGGGGGGGGGGGGGGGGGGGUAGAACACUGAACAUCAACACCUAACAUCACUGUGGAUGAAAGAAUCAAGUAGUGUGUCCCUCUAGGCCCGGUAUCCUUUCCUUGCGGACUAGUUUUACGUCUGCGUCGAGGAAUGGAUUAAUUCCGAAAAAUUGUAAAUUAAGCUCUGCCAAACAUGGCUUCUUGUGUUAAUUUUUCUUUUCUUGGAUUUUGGGUUUACAUGAACUGUGAUUUCUCAUCAGCAGUUUGUUAGACUUGGGAGUAUCCUCUAGUCUUGAAUUUUAGUUGUAUACAGCUGACAUCUCACACACAGACAAAAAGCUGUUCUCUUGCUUCACCUAUUUGAUGCCCAGAUUUAUGGUAAUAAUUGCCGUGCUCAAUUUUCUGAAAUGAUAUUCUAGAAACAGUAGAGGAAUGAUGUUUUAAAUUACGCCUGAAUUGAGCUUGGUCAUUCCCGAUGAUCCAGUUUAAAUUUAAAUGUAUGUGUUUGGAGGGGUGGGAGGGGGGUGCAUUAUUGAUUUUUUAAAUAGACGGUGAUCAUGCCUUGAGUGUAAAGUACCUGCAUAGGGAAAACACUAUCAAUUUUAGAAAAGUUUUGGUCCAAUUUCAAAGUGUCUGUAGGAUUAUUGGAAACUAAUAGUUCUCCUGUAAUAAAGGGGCAUUCUUGUACAUACACACAUUUAUGAACACCCACACAUAGGAUCUGAGUGACUUUACUCUUCAAUAAAGACACUGCAAUAAAGCGAGACACGGCAAGGGGUGGCAUUGGCAACUUGCAUAGUUUACGUUCAUGCCGCAAUCAUGAGAACAGCAAUGACAAAAUAUUCCCCCUGUCUAGACGCUGUCUGUCCAGACCCCUUGUAGAUCCUCCAGCAGAGGUGUUUACACCCACGUUGCCGUCUCAGAAGAAGUCGCUUGGCUGAAGUCCUAGCGAUGAAGGAGUUGGAUAGCUUAGCUGCCUGCUUCAACUUUUGCAGUCAGCGUUUAUCAGGUCUUUGGAGUCAAAUACCCUAGGUUUUUGUGUAGGAGGACAGUGUGAUCGGUCUAUUUUCAGGACCUAAUCGCUUCCGUUCCUUGGUCGGGGUACGACCGCGGGGUGUUGUAGUCUCUGAGGUUCAUUGUGCGUGCGAUACAGAGACAAUAUAAGAAAAAGAGAUGGGAGGUUCAUAUCGACAACAUUAGACAGCUUGUUACUGUUGUUGUCAGAGUUCAAAACUUUCCCCCCUUCAGGUGUCUUCCAUUUCCUGAGGUUUACAUUCAUAUUCCAUGUUGUUGGGUUGUUGCCAAAGACCGGCUGUUGUUAUUUUAUUUUUUACUCUGUGUACUUCUGAGCUGGUCUGUUGUGUUCUCUUACUAUUUUGCCUAGCGAUAGAGGGCUUCACAGGUGAUGUAAACACAUUUUGUGCCCAGGCUCUUCUAACCUUUAUUUGAAGUGAAAGCGUGUAAUCAAACAAUGUUGGAGAGAGAGCGACGGAGAACCUGCUCUGCGAUGUCUGAACAAAUGUCAGAUUUGGUAAAGACGUAAUUUAAUCCCUUGUUGCCAUACUCCGAAUUAGUUCCCUAUAUAGACUUGAGUGGAAUGAAUAAAUCCGACUUUUUUGUGUGCACAUGUUCGAAGAAUGCAUUUUGCAUUGUGUCCAUUUUGCAUUGUCUGUGCGUACUUCUGCUGCUUUCAUAGAGGUAGGCAGACAGCUUUUUAAAGAGUUGAUAUAGAUAUACUGAAAGUGGAGCGAUACCACCCAGGGCAAUAAACCGUUACUUCACAAGGAAAUUAUUCAUGCAUGAUUUUCCACUGGAUUCAGGGCUUUUUUCCAUUGUAGUUGUACUAGGGUUGAUUUGUGCCAGGGUUUUAUUAAAUUUAAGAAACGUGUUUAAACAAAGAACAAAAUUAAAGCACCUUGUUUGUAAAACAAUGCCAAAUACAUUUUCUGUAGCUCUCUCUCUUCAGGGUAAAUAGUCAAAAUUGUGUAUAUGUAAUGUUAUUUUUUCAUCUCCCUCCAUUCUUCAUGCACCCCCUCUUCCUCUUCUACCCCUGGCUGAAAAUCAGGAGUAUGCAGAUACUCUUGUGCUGGUGAACACUACUCUGGAUUUACGUGAAUGUGUAGAAAGCCUAUUGUAGAAUUGCAUUGUAUGUAAUGUAUAUAAUGAAUAAAGAUUGUAUUUUGUUCAGGUUUUCUUAA